ACACACUACUAUCUGCUGCGACUGCAUCUCACAGCUUCGACAUGAGGCUGACCGAUGGAUUUUAAAGCUGAUUCAAAGCAGAACAUUCUGAGGUGAACAUGAAGGUGCUCAGAAACAUUCCACUGAUAGUUUUUCUGGCGUAUUUCAGCCUGAGUGAAGGGCUCCAGAGAGCACCCAGAAUCACAACACUGCUUGAGACAGUGGACACCUCUUUGGAUCAUAAUGCUACUUUCAUCUGUGAGGUUGAUUCGUACCCUCAAGCUGAUAUUACAUGGACACGGAAUAACUACCCAAUACGGAAUUACGAUUCCAGGUACAUUAUACAAGAAAAUUGCCAAAUGCUGAUCAUUCCCAAUGUAAAGGAUUCAGACAAUGGGGAAUACUGUUGUGUUGCUAGCAAUGGGAUUGGAGAACCGGCCAAGAGCUGUGGAGCUUUACAGCUGAAGAUGAAGCCUCAAAUCAGAAGACAUCCUACUAACAUGACAUUGAUUGUGGAGUCUAAAGCAGUGUUGCAAUGUUUAACGUCAGGAUAUCCCAAACCCGAAAUAUCCUGGAUUAAAGGAGAUGACCUGAUGAAGGUUAAUAGUCGUAUAUCAGUUUUGGAAUCUGGUUCCCUAAAAAUUAACAACAUCAAGAAAGAGGACGCUGGACAGUAUCGCUGUGUGGCCAGGAACAGUUUUGGAAUCGUGUACUCCAAACCAGUCACUAUUGAAGUGCAAGCUCCUGCCAAGAUACUGAAAGUUCCCAAGGAGAAGAAAGUUCAGAUCGGAUCGGAGGUUAGGUUGGAGUGUAAUGCCACUGGCAACCCAAUCCCAUCCAUAACUUGGCUUGAAAACGGCAAUACGAUUUCAGGCGCAUCAGUGGAGGAGACGCUGGUGGAUGAAGUCAUUGUGUCUGUUCUGCGUGUGGUGGUUCAUAACCCAGCUCUCUACACCUGUCAGGCUACUAACCAGCACAGCGGAGGAGCCAACACCGUCAAAGCCACAGCUAAGAUAACCAUUUCAGAAUGGAGACUGUACAAAGGCAGCGCUGGCUACUGCAGUACAUACAGAGGCGACGUGUGUCAAAACGUGCUCCAUCGAGCUGCAUUGGUGUUUUUCAACUACUCUCUACCGAACCCAGAGGAUGCGCAGGAGUACCUGGCCCAGAGCGCAUGGGGCGAGCUGGAUGGGGUGAGCUCAUUCUGCAGGCCCGCCGCCAGAUCACUGCUCUGUCACGCCACCUUCCAAGACUGCAACCCAUCUGGACUCGGACCAGCACCCAAACCCAUCUGCAGGGAGCACUGUGUCGCAGUGAAAGAGCUGUACUGUUUUAAGGAGUGGCGUUCUGCUGAGGAAAGAUCUCAUCGAGGCUUCCCACACAGCAUCACUCUCCCAGAAUGCACCUCUCUUCCCAGCCAACAUGCAGACCCAUCAUCAUGUACAGUGGUUCCUUAUGUCGAUAUCAAUAAAGACCAAGUUACAACAAAAUGUUACAAUGACAAAGGAAGAUUUUACCAAGGAACUCACAACAUGACAGCAUCUUCAAUACCCUGUCAGCGAUGGAACCAGCAGGAUCCCCAUCAACAUAGACUCUCUGUAGAUGUGAUUCCUGAGUUGCGAAAUGCAGAAAACUACUGUCGUAACCCAGGAGGAGAGAGUGACAGGCCAUGGUGCUACACCACAAACCCUAAUGUACGCUGGGAGUACUGUCUGGUGCCCAAAUGUGGAGAAGUUAUGAUUGUAAAGACUGUCCCGUCGAUUACAAAACCAGUCCAGUUUUACCCACCUCCUCCUGUGUCUACAGCCUACUCAAUGAGCGUUAUCAUCUUAAUAAUUUCUGGCUUCGCUGGGGCGGCUUUCUUUUCCAUACUCAUCCUUAUGUGCCACAGACGAAAGAAAAUGUGGCAAAAGAGGAAAAGUAGGGUGCUGGAGACGCCUACUCUGACCACCCUCCCCUCAGAGCUCUUGUUGGACAGACUUCAUCCCAACCCCAUGUACCAACGGCUGCCUCUACUUUUUAACUCCAAGCUCCUCAGUUUAGAAUAUCCACGUAACAACAUUGAAUAUGUCCGUGACAUCGGAGAAGGGGCCUUCGGUAGGGUGUUUCAGGCAAGAGCCCCUGGUCUUUUGCCGAUGGAGCCGUUCACCCUGGUGGCAGUGAAAAUGUUGAAGGAGGAAGCUUCAGCUGAUAUGCAGAAUGACUUUCAAAGAGAAGCUGCACUCAUGGCUGAGUUUGAUCACCCCAACAUCGUCCGUCUCCUUGGAGUCUGUGCGGUGGGGAAGCCCAUGUGUCUCAUGUUUGAAUUCAUGGCCUAUGGGGACUUGAAUGAAUUCCUGCGACGGCGCUCUCCAACUCAGCAGCCCAGUCUAAGUCGGGACACCUUGACAAACAGCAGUCUCAUAUUGGAACCUGAGCAUUACCCAGCCCUCAGCUGCCUGGAGCAGCUCUCCAUUUCCAAGCAGGUGGCGGCAGGAAUGGCGUACUUGUCAGAACGCAAGUUUGUGCACCGUGACCUAGCUACUCGCAACUGUUUGGUAUCAGAAAACUUGGUCGUAAAAAUUGCAGAUUUUGGUCUCUCACGCAACAUCUAUGCAGCUGAUUACUAUAAAGCUGGUGAAAAUGAUGCUAUCCCAAUUCGCUGGAUGCCACCUGAAUCUAUCUUCUACAACCGCUACACCAGCGAGUCAGAUGUGUGGGCUUAUGGUGUGGUAUUAUGGGAAAUCUUCUCAUACGGCAUGCAGCCUUACUAUGGCAUGGCCCAUGAGGAGGUCAUCUACUACGUAAGGGAUGGAAAUGUGCUUGCCUGUCCAGAAAACUGCUCACAGGAGCUGUACAACCUCAUGCGUUUGUGUUGGAGCACUCAUCCCACAGACCGGCCUAGUUUUGCCAGCAUUCACCGCAUCCUAGAAAGAAUGCAUGACCAGAUGCUCCAAUCUGGCCUCUCUUGAGGAUCUCUAAAAAUGCAAUUCAAAGAACAUAAAAGCUCCAUUAGAAUCCCAAAGAGCGCUGAUGAAUCUUGAAGAAGGAUAAAACAUUUUAAGGUAUCCAAAA